GCUCAGGUCGCGCUUGAGCAGCUCGACCCGGAGCUGGUCAAGAAGACGUGGCGGAGGGUGGACUGGCACAUCAUGCCCAUCGCAGUAUGGCUAUACCUGGCUUCAUACAUUGACCGAGCAAACAUCGGAAAUGCAAAAGUCCUCGGAAUGGCGACUUCCCUCCAUUUGACGCCCAACCAGUACAACUGGGCACUGUCAAUUUUCUUCAUUGGCUACGUUGUCUUCGAGACGCCCUCGAAUAUCCUGCUCCGUAAACUGAGCCCGCGGUGGUAUAUUCCCGCGCUAACGAUUAUCUGGGGUGUGAUCUGCGCCCUCUUUGCUACUGUCAAAAGUGCAUCCGGGCUCUUGGCUAUCCGCUUCUUCCUGGGCUUGGCGGAGGCGGGCUUCCUGCCCGGAAUCAUCUACUGGUUGAGCUGCUGGUACCCUCGCUCUGUGCUGGGCAGACGCUUCGGCGUGCUGUAUUCCACAGUAUCGCUUACUGGCGCCUUUGGUGGCUUGCUCGCUACCGCCAUCCAUUCCCUAGACGGUACCCAUGGAAUCGCCGGCUGGCAGUGGAUCUUCAUCGUCGAGGGCUGCAUAACCGCAGGCUUCGGGCUCAUCGCAGCAGUCGUGAUGUCAGCCUACCCUGCGACCGCCAAAUUCCUCUCGGAGGAAGAGCGGCGCGUUAUCAUCCUCACCAAUGAGACCGACCGCGCGGAGAAGGCCGCGGAAGGGUUCAACGGGAAGCAGAUCAAGUCCGCCUUCACCGACUGGCGCACAUACGUCUGGGCGCUCGUCUACAUCUCCAUCUACAUUCCCGUCUAUAGCGUCAUUCUCUCCCUUCCUUCCGUCGUCACCGGACUGGGCUACAAGGGCACACGGGCGACGCUGAUGGCGUGCCCACCAUACGGCCUUGGAUUCAUCAUCGUCCUACUCGCCGGGUGGUCCGCGGACAGAUACGGCCGCCUCUUCUACCACUACCUCGGCGCCGUCAUAGUCACCAUGGUCGCGCUCAUCGUCCUUAUGAUCGUCGAGAACCUGGUUGUGCGCUACAUCAUGUUCUUCUUCAUCAUGUUCAUGUUCAUCCCCGUGUCCAUCGUCUGGGUCUGGCUUACGGCGAAUCUCGCAGGCCCAAACAAACGCGCCGCCGGUAUGGGCCUCGUCUUCUCCGUCGGCAACAUCGGUGGUACGGUCUCAGGCCAGAUCUACCGCGCGGAGUGGGCACCGCGCUACGUUCAGGGCCACGCUAUCAAUCUCGCAUGUUACGUGAUUGCAAUCGUCGCGGGGACGACGCUUUGGUGGAGCUACAAGGCCGACAACCUUCGACGCGACCGCGCUGCUAACCAGACGGUGAAGCGGACGAAUCCGCUUGACUUAUCGGGAGAGGACCUUGGGGACCUGGGCGAUAGACAUGCUAGCUUUAGAUAUUAUCUGUAGAUUACAACCACGCAUAAAACGGACCCGCAGGGGGUCCGAUAACGAGACAC